AUGCCCGGUGCUGGCAUGUAUAAAUCUCAGCUGAAGAUUCACAAACAACUGUGGUCAUCGACCAUUCAAGCUGUAACCGGAACGCGCCGGAAGUGUGUCUUCUCACGUCGAAAGUUCAGCAGUGUUGGAGACUACAUCUCCAUCAUCACAAGGACCACUUAUUGGCCAUUCGUCAUCACAGAGACCACCAAGUAUAUCUUCAACAUCAUCAGCGCCUCCAAGUGUAUCUUCAACAUCACCAGCACCACUAAGACCACCAAGUAUAUCUUCAACAUCCCCAGCACCACCAAGGGUAUCUUCAACAUCACCAGCACCACCAAGUGUAUCUUCAACAUCACAAGCGCCUCCAAGUGUAUCUUCAACAUCACAAGCGCCUCCAAGUGUAUCUUCAUCAUCACAGAGACCACCAAGUGUAUCUUCAACAUCACCAGCGCCUCCAAGUGUAUCUUCAUCAUCACAGAGACCACCAAGUGUAUCUUCAACAUCAUCAGCGCCUACAAGUGUAUCUUCAACAUCACCAGCAACACUAAGACCACCAAGUAUAUCUUCAACAUCCCCAGCACCACCAAGGGUAUCUUCAACAUCACCAGCACCACCAAGUGUAUCUUCAACAUCACAAGCGCCUCCAAGUGUAUCUUCAACAUCACAAGCGCCUCCAAGUGUAUCUUCAUCAUCACAGAGACCACCAAGUGUAUCUUCAACAUCACCAGCGCCUCCAAGUGUAUCUUCAUCAUCACAGAGAUCACCAAGUGUAUCUUCAACAACACCAGCGCCACCAAGUAUAUCUUCAUCAUCACCGGCACCAUCAAGUGUAUCUUCAACAUCCCCAGGAUCACCAAGUAUAUCUCCAACAUCACUAGGAACACCAAGUAUAUCUUCAACAUCACCAGGACCACCAAGUAUAUCUUCAACAUUAUCAGCACCACCAAGUAUAUCUUCAACAUCACCAGCACCACCAAGUGUAUCUUCAACAUCACCAGCACCACCAAGUGUAUCUUCAACAUCACCAGCGCCUCCAAGUGUAUCUUCAUCAUCACAGAGACCACCAACUGUAUCUUCAACAUCACCAGGACCACCAAGUAUAUCUUCAACAUCACCAGCCCCUCCAAGUGUAUCUUCAACAUCACCAGCGCCUCCAAGUGUAUCUUCAACAUCCCCAGGAUCACCAAAUGUAUCUUCAACAUCACCAGGACCACCAAGUAUAUCUUCAACAUCAUCAGCGCCUCCAAGUGUAUCUUCAACAUCAUCAGCACCACAAAGACCACCAAGUAUAUCUUCAACAUCCCCAGCACCACCAAGGGUAUCUUCAACAUCACCAGCACCACCAAGUGUAUCUUCAACAUCACAAGCGCCUCCAAGUGUAUCUUCAACAUCACAAGCGCCUCCAAGUGUAUCUUCAUCAUCAAAGAGACCACCAAGUGUAUCUUCAACAUCACCAGCGCCUCCAAGUGUAUCUUCAUCAUCACAGAGACCACCAAGUGUAUCUUCAACAUCAUCAGCGCCUCCAAGUGUAUCUUCAACAUCACCAGCAACACUAAGACCACCAAGUAUAUCUUCAACAUCCCCAGCACCACCAAGGGUAUCUUCAACAUCACCAGCACCGCCAAGUGUAUCUUCAACAUCACAAGCGCCUCCAAGUGUAUCUUCAACAUCACAAGCGCCUCCAAGUGUAUCUUCAUCAUCACAGAGACCACCAAGUGUAUCUUCAACAUCACCAGCGCCUCCAAGUGUAUCUUCAUCAUCACAGAGACCACCAAGUGUAUCUUCAACAUCACCAGCGCCUCAAAGUGUAUCUUCAACAACACCAGCGCCACCAAGUAUAUCUUCAUCAUCACCGGCACCAUCAAGUGUAUCUUCAACAUCACAAGCUCCUCCAAGUGUAUCUUCAACAUCACCAGCGCCUCCAAGUGUAUCUUCAACAUCACAGAGACCACCAAGUGUAUCUUCAACAUCACCGGCAUCAGCAAGUAUAUCUUCAACAUCACUGGUGCCUCCAAGUGUAUCUUCAACAUUAUCGGCACCACCAAGUCUAUCUUCAACAACACCAGCGCCACCAAGUAUAUCUUCAUCAUCACCGGCACCAUCAAGUGUAUCUUCAACAUCCCCAGGAUCACCAAGUGUAUCUCCAACAUCACCAGGAACACCAAGUAUAUCUUCAACAUCACCAGGACCACCAAGUAUAUCUUCAACAUUAUCAGCACCACCAAGUAUAUCUUCAACAUCACCAGCACCACCAAGUGUAUCUUCAACAUCACCAGCGCCUCUAAGUGUAUCUUCAUCAUCACAGAGACCACCAAGUGUAUCUUCAACAUCACCAGGACCACCAAGUAUAUCUUCAACAUCACCAGCGCCUCCAAGUGUAUCUACAACAUCACCAGCGCCUCCAAGUGUAUCUUCAACAUCACAGAGACCACCAAGUGUAUCUUCAACAUCACCAGGACCACCAAGUAUAUCUUCAACAUUAUCAGCACCACCAAGUAUAUCUUCAACAUCACCAGCACCACCAAGUGUAUCUUCAACAUCACCAGCGCCUCUAAGUGUAUCUUCAUCAUCACAGAGACCACCAAGUGUAUCUUCAACAUCACCAGGACCACCAAGUAUAUCUUCAACAUCACCAGCGCCUCCAAGUGUAUCUUCAACAUCACCAGCGCCUCCAAGUGUAUCUUCAACAUCACAGAGACCACCAAGUGUAUCUUCAACAUCACCAGGACCACCAAGUAUAUCUUCAACAUCACCAGCCCCUCCAAGUGUAUCUUCAACAUCACCAGCGCUUCCAAGUGUAUCUUCAUCAUCACAGAGACCACCAAUUGUAUCUUCCACAUCACCAGGACCACCAAGUAUAUCUUCAACAUCCCCAGCACCACCAAGUGUAUCUUCAACAUCACUAGCCCCUCCAAGUGUAUCUUCAGCAUCACUGGCCCCUCCAAGUGUAUCUUCAACAUCACAAGCCCCUCCAAGUGUAUCUUCAACAUCACCAGCGCCUCCAAAUGUAUCUUCAACAUCACAGAGACCACCAAGUGUAUCUUCAACAUCACCAGCGCCUCCAAGUGUAUCUUCAACAUCACCAGCACCUCCAAGUGUAUCUUCAACAUCACCAGUGCCACCAAGUAUAUCUUCAAAAUCACCGGCGCCUCCAAGUAUAUCUUCAUCAUCACCGGCACCACCAAGUAUAUCUUCAACAUCCCCAGGACCACCAAUUGUAUCUUCAACAUCAUCAGGACCACCAGGUAUAUCUUCAACAUCACCAGGACCACCAAGUAUAUCUUCAACAUUAUCGGCACCACCAUGUGUAUCUUCAACAUCACCAGCGCCACCAAGUAUAUCUUCAUCAUCACCGGCACCAUUAAGUGUAUCUUCAACAUCCCCAGGAUCACCAAGUGUAUCUUCAACAUCAACAGGACCACCAGGUAUAUCUUCAACAUCACCAGGACCACCAAGUAUAUCUUCAACAUUAUCAGCACCACCAAGGGUAUCUUCAACAUCACUAGCCCCUCCAAGUGUAUCUUCAACAUCACCAGCGCCUCCAAAUGUAUCUUCAACAUCACCAGCGCCACCACGUGUGUCUUCAACAUCACCAGCGCCUCCAAGUGUAUCUUCAACAUCACCAGCGCCUCCAAAUGUGUCUUCAACAUCACCAGGGCCUCCAAGUGUAUCUUCAACAUCACCAGAACCACCAAGUAUAUCUUCAACAUCCCCAGGACCACCAAGUGUAUCUUCAACAUCACCAGCCCCUCCAAGUGUAUUUUCAACAUCCCCAGGAUCACCAAGUGUAUCUUCAACAUCACCAGCACCACCAAGUGUAUCUUCAACAUCACCAGCGCCACCAAAUAUAUCUUCAUCAUCACCGGCACCAUCAAGUGUAUCUUCAACAUCCCCAGGAUCAUCAAGUGUAUCUUCAACAUCAACAGGACCACCAGGUAUAUCUUCAACAUCACCAGGACCACCAAGUAUAUCUUCAACAUUAUCAGCACCACCAAGGGUAUCUUCAACAUCACCAGCGCCUCCAAGUGUAUCUUCAACAUCACAAGCGCCUCCAAGUGUAUCUUCAUCAUCACAGAGACCACCAAGUGUAUCUACAAAAUCACCAGCGCCUCAAAGUCUAUCUUCAACAUCACAGAGACCACCAAGUGUAUCUUCAACAUCACCAGGACCACCAAGUGUAUCUUCAACAUUACCAGCACCACCAAUUGUAUCUUCAACAUCACCAGCCCCUCCAAGUGUAUCUUCAACAUCACCAUCGCCUCCAAGUGUAUCUUCAACAUCACAGAGACCACCAAGUAUAUCUUCAACAUCACCAGCCUCUCCAAGUGUAUCUACAACAUCACAGAGACCACCAAGUGUAUUUUCAACAUUAUCGGCACCAUCACGUUUAUCUUUAACACCACCAGUGCCACCAAGUAUAUCUUCAACAUCACCGGCGCCUCCAAGUAUAUCUUCUUCAUCACCGGCACCAUCAAGUGUAUCUUCAACAUCCCCAGGACGACCAAGUGUAUCAUCAACAUCAGCAGGACCACCAGGUAUAUCUUCAAUAUCACCAGGACCACCAAGUAUAUCUUCAACAUUAUCGGCACCACCCAGUGUAUCUUCAACAUCACCAGCGCCACCAAGUAUAUCUUCAUCAUCACCGGCACCAUCAAGUGUAUCUUCAACAUCCCCAGGAUCACCAAGUGUAUCUUCAACAUCACCAGAACCACCAGGUAUAUCUUCAACAUCACCAGGACCACCAAGUAUAUCUUCAACAUUAUCAGCACCACCAAGGGUAUCUUCAACAUCACCAGCGCCUCCAAGUGUGUCUUCAACAUCACCAGCGCCUCCAAGUGUAUCUUCAACAUCACCAGCGCCUCCAAGUGUGUCUUCAACAUCACCAGCGCCUCCAAGUGUAUCUUCAACAUCACCAGCCCCUCCAAGUGUAUCUUCAACAUCACAAGCGCCUCCAAGUGUAUCUUCAACAUCACAGAGACCACCAAGUGUAUCUUCCACAUCACCAGCCUCUCCAAGUGUAUCUUCCACAUCACCAGCCCCUCCAAGUGUAUUUUCAACAUCCCCAGGAUCACCAAGUGUAUCUUCAACAUCACCAGCACCACCAAGUGUAUCUUCAACAUCGCCAGCGCCUCCAAGUGUAUCUUCAACAUCACCAGCGCCUCCAAGUGUAUCUUCAUCAUCACAGAGACCACCAAGUGUAUCUUCAACAUCACCAGCGCCUCAAAGUGUAUCUACAACAUCACAGAGACCACCAAGUGUGUCAUCAACAUCACCAGCCCCUCCAAGUGUAUCUUCAACAUCCCCAGGAUCACCAAGUGUAUCUUCAACAUCACCAGGACCACCAAUUAUAUCUUCAACAUCACCAGCACCUCCAAGUGUAUCUUCAUCAUCACCAGCGCCUCCAAGUGUAUCUUCAUCAUCACAGAGAUCACCAAGUGCAUCUUCAACAUCACCAGCGCCUCCAAAUAUAUCUUCAACAUCACCAGCGCCUCCAAGUGUAUCUUCAACAUCACAAGCCCCUCCAAGUGUAUCUUCAACAUCACCAGCACCUCCAAGUGUAUCUUCAAUAUCACAGAGACCCCAAGUGUAUCUUCAACAUCACCAGCGCUUCCAAGUGUAUCUUCAACAUCACAGAGACCACCAAGUGUAUCUUCAACAUCACUAGCACCUCCAAGUGUAUCUUCAACAUCACCAUUCCCUCCAAGUGUAUCUUCAACAUCAACAGCGCCUCCAAGUGUAUCUUCAAUAUCACAGAGACCACCAAGUGUAUCUUCAACAUCACCAGCGCUUCCAAGUGUAUCUUCAACAUCACAGAGACCACCAAGUGUAUCUUCAACAUCACUAGCACCUCCAAGUGUAUCUUCAACAUCACCAUUCCCUCCAAGUGUAUCUUCAACAUCAACAGCGCCUCCAAGUGUAUCUUUAACAUCACCAGCGCCUCCAAGUGUAUCUUCAACAUCACCAGCGCCUCCAGGUGUAUCUUCAAGAUCACCAUCGCCUCCAAGUGUAUCUUCAACAUCACCAGUGCCUCCAAGUAUAUCUUCAACAUCACCAGGACUACCAAGUGUAUCUUCAACAUCACCGGCUUCAGCAAGUAUAUCUUCAACGCCACCGAUGCCACCAAGUAUAUCUUCAACAUCACUGGUGCCUCCAAGUAUAUCUUCAACAUCUCCAGGCCCACCAGGAAUAUCUUCAACAUCACAGAGACAAUCAAUUAUAUCUUCAACAUCUCCAAGACCACCAGGUAUAUCUCCAACAUCACCGGAUCCAGCAAGUAUAUUUUCAACAUUAUCGGCACCACCACCUUUAUCUUUAACAUCAUCAGUGCCACCAAGUAUAUCUUCAACAUCACCGGCACCUCCAAGUAUAUCUUCAUCAUCACCGGCACCAUCAAGUGUAUCUUCAACAUCCCCAGGACCACCAAGUGUAUCUUCAACAUCACCAGGACCACCAGGUAUAUCUUCAACAUCACCAGGACCACCAAGUAUAUCUUUAACAUUAUCGACACCACCAAGUGUAUCUUCAACAUCACCAGCGCCACCAAGUAUAUCUUCAUCAUCACCGGCACUAUCAAGUGUAUCUUCAACAUCCCCAGGAUCACCAAGUGUAUCUUCAACAUCCCCAGGACCACCAAGUAUAUCUUCAAAAUUAUCGACACCACCAAGUGUAUCUUCAACAUCACCAGCGCCACCAAGUAUAUCUUCAUCAUCACCGGCACCAUCAAGUGUAUCUUCAACAUCCCCAGGAUCACCAAGUGUAUCUACAACAUUACCAGAACCACCAGGUAUAUCUUCAACAUCACCAGGACCACCAAGUAUAUCUUCAACAUCACCAGCGCCUCCAAGUGUAUCUUCAACAUCACCAGCGCCUCCAAGUGUAUCUUCAUCAUCACAGAGACCACCAAGUGUAUCUUCACCAUCACCAGCGCCUCAAAGUGAAUCUUCAACAUCACAGAGACCAACAGGUGUGUCUUCAACAUCACCUGCCCCUCCAAGUGUAUCUUCAACAUCACCAGCGCCUCCAAGUGUAUCUUCAACAUCACAAAGACCACCAAGUGUAUCUUCAACAUCACCAGCGCCGCAAAGUGUAUCUUCAACAUCACAAGCUCCUCCAAGUGUAUCUUCAACAUCACAACCGCCUCCAAGUGUAUCUUCAACAUCACAGAGACCACCAAGUGUAUCUUCAACAGCACCAGCCUCUCCAAGUGUAUCUACAACAUCACAGAGACCACCAAGUGUAUCUUCAACAUCACCAGCCCCUCCAAGUGUAUCUUCAACAUCCCCAGGGCCUCCAAGUACAUCUUCAACAUCCCCAGCACCACCAAGUGUAUCUUCAACAUCACUCGCCCCUCCAAGUGUAUCUUCAACAUCACCAGCGCCUCCAAAUGUAUCUUCAACAUCACAAGCCUCUCCAAGUGUAUCUUCAACAUCACCAGCGCCUCCAAGUAUAUAUUCAACAUCACAGAGACCACCAAGUGUAUCUUCAACAUCACCAGCGCUUCCAAGUGUAUCUUCAACAUCACAGAGACCACCACGUGUAUCUUCAACAUUACCAGGACCACCAACUGUAUCUUCAACAUCACCAGCGCCUCCAAGUGUAUCUUCAACAUCACCAGCGCUUCCAAGUGUAUCUUCAACAUCACCAGUGCCUCCAAGUAUAUCUUCAACAUCACCAGGACUACCAAGUGUAUCUUCAACAUCACCAGGACCACCAAGUGUAUCUUCAACAUCACCGGCAUCAGCAAGUAUAUCUUCAACAUCACAGAUGCCACCAAGUAUAUCUUCAACAUCACUGGUGCCUCCAAGUAUAUCUUCAACAUCUCCAGGCCCACCAGGGAUAUCUUCAACAUCACAGAGACAACCAGGUAUAUCUUCAACAUCUCCAAGACCACCAGGUAUAUCUGCAACAUCACCGGGACCAGCAAAUAUAUCUUCAACAUUAUCGGCACCACCACGUUUAUCUUUAACAUCACCAGUGCCACCAAGUAUAUCUUCAACAUCACUGGCGCCUCCAAGUAUAUCUUCAUCAUCACCGGCACCAUCAAGUGUAUCUUCAACAUCCCCAGGACCACCAAGUGUAUCUUCAGCAUCACCAGGACCACCAGAUAUAUCUUCAAGAUCACUGGCACCACCAGGUAUAUCUUCAACAUCACCAGCACCACCAAGUAUAUCUUUAACAUCACCAGGACCACCAAGUGUAUCUUCAACAUCACAGAGAACACCAAGUGUAUCUUCAACAUCACCAGCCCCUCCAAGUGUAUCUUCAACAUCCCCAGGACGACCAAUGAUAUCUUCAACUUCUCCAGGACCACCAGAUAUAUCUUCAACAUCACUGGAGCCAUCACGUGUAUCUUCAACAUCUCCAGGACCAACAGGUAUAUCUUCAACAUCACCAGCACCACCAAGUGUAUCUUCAACAUCUCCUACACCACCAGGUGUAUCUCCUACAUCACCUAGACUACCAAGUUUAUCUCCUACGCCACCUAGACCACCAGGUGUAUCUCCUACAUCACUUAGACCACCAAGUGUAUCUCCUACAUCACCAGUUGCACCAGGUGUAUCUCCUACAUCACCUAGACCAACAGGUGUAUCUCCUACAUCACCUAGAUCACCAGGUGUAUCUCCUACAUCACCUAGACCAACAGGUGUAUCUCCUACAUCACCUAGACCACCAAGUGUAGCUCCUACUUCACCUAGACCACCAAGUGUAUAUCCUACAUCACCUAGACCACCAAGUGUAUCUCCUACUUCACCAGUUGCACCAGGUGCAUCUCCUACAUCACCUAUACCACCAAGUGUAUCUCCUACAUCACCUAGACUACCAGGUGCAUCUCCUGCAUCACCUGGUUUGGCAACUACACGUCAGGUGCCGGUAGGCCUGGAUAUCCGUGAUUCUUUUGAUUAUAUUCUAAAAAUUAAUCCUGACUGUGGUACCAAUACUAGUCACAUUGCUUGGAUAAACAUUGUGACCGAUUUGAAUAUUUAUGGAAGUGCUCUUUGUAAAUCUGGUUUUAGUUAUGAGUUCUCUACUCUUGACAGAGUUAAUUAUAAACUUCCUGUGAUGUAUUCUGGUACCGAGCAUCUUGGAUGCAUAUUCGAUAAGAAGGUGGAUGCUGCUGUUUAUAAUGUUGAAGUCUUUGUGUCCUGGGGUGAAAAGGGAAGUUUAAUCCAUACCUACAACAGGCGGUUUCAGGUGACCUGCACUUUCGAUGAAAAGAAGCUAAACCGAGAGAGUUCUUCUGAUGACGUAAUCGAAGGGCUGAUUGCGCCGAAAGAGCAGCAGUCCCACCAAGGCCGUAAGACCAACUCCACCGUCUCCUUAACGAUUUCUGACGUCCUUGGCAACCACGUCUCCAAUGACGAGGUUCCCUUGGGUAAGAAGAUCUAUCUCGUCGGCCGGACAGACGGGGUGGGCGGUGAGCAGGGUCUCUACCCGUCGUCAUGCGACGCCGUCAGUGUGGGGUCCGGCGUCAGGUAUGCAAUACUGCGAGCAGGGUGUGGAGACGGCAUCGUCUGGAGGAAGUCAUCAGGAUUCACGACUGCUGGGCUGACGACGACCAGUCCCUACUUCAAAAUGUUUGACUUGGGAACCGGUCACAGCGUGCUAUUUCAGUGUAACUUCAGUCUCUGCUCGAUACAGUGCGAUGGACGUUCUUGUGGCCCAGUCAGGAGUAGACGAUCUGUCCAUCAGCUGACUGCGACUCGUGGCGCUGACGUAGUGCUCACAGGUGACUCGUACGUCCUCAAUACACGGCGUUACAGGAUGGGAAACGUGACGACGUCCGCUGAAUUGGCCGGCGCGCUCAACGAACAUGACUUGAAAGCCACUAAAAAGCAGCAACAGUAUUUCGUGUUGUCGGUGUUGGCUGUUUGGGCUGUGCUUUCUCUUACAAUAUCUGUCGUGGUGUGUUUUCGAAACAGCAGUAGGUAGCACAUCUAGAACAACUUCUAUCGCCGUCACUAGAAAUGCUUUAACAGAUUUAGUAUAGAUUAUGACAUUGUCUCUGAAAAAAACACCAAAAAAACCGAUUAGGUAGUAACGGAAAUAGUUGGAAGAAUCACCUCACAUGACGAAAUGUCUUGGUUACUACACUUGAAGUAGCGUUAUGCUGGUCAUAAUGUGUGUGUGUUUUAAUGAGUUUGAAAAGUACAUCUACAAAUCUUUGUUCAUGCUUUGGACAUGGACCCUGGCUUCAACAUUAUCGAUGCAUUAACAAUAUCUACAAACCUAUUCUGUUUCCUCUAAGGUUUAAUGGGUGCAGGUUUGUUCAAAGUUGAGACAUAAAAACGCUGUUUGGCUUUCUGUGACAAUGACGAUUAGAAUAAAGGUGUCAUAUCA